AUGGUGGUUGAUCAUGGUGGCAUGAUAGGGUUAGGGCUACUCGUCUUGACAAAAGGUAGAAGUGGCGGACAACGGUGGCGGAAAAGGUGGACUUCCAGGGCGUCGAUUGCAUCUUUGGUGGAGACAGGUGGUGGUGCGCUGCUUGUGUGUGAUGUUGCCGGAGUCAGGGAAGAACACCUGACGUCGCGAGGGAAUAUAAAUUGGGAGAAGCCAUAUUUCGAAAAAGUAGACUUGCUUUCAGCGUCGUUUCGUGUAGAUUCUCUCACCAUCUGUUUCGAUAAGAACCCUCUCCCCGAAAUCCCAAAUAUCUUUCUUUCCUCCUCUCUUCUCUCCUUUUACUCGGCUUUUGAUCCAACAGGUAUAAUGAUUAAAUUGUUUAAAGUCAAGGAGAAACAAAGAGAACUUGCAGAAAAUUCUAAUGGCAAACCACCUGUUAAGAAGCAAAGUGCAGGCGAAUUGCGUCUUCACAAAGAUAUAAGUGAAUUAAACCUACCCAAGACAUGUAGCAUAUCAUUCCCAAAUGGAAAAGAUGAUCUCAUGAACUUUGAAGUAACCAUUCGGCCUGAUGAUGGAUACUACUUAGGUGGCACAUUUACAUUCACCUUCCAGAUUUCAUCCAUCUAUCCCCAUGAAGCACCAAAGGUCAAAUGCAAAACUAAAGUUUAUCACCCCAACAUUGACUUGGAUGGAAAUGUUUGCCUCAACAUUCUUCGUGAAGAUUGGAAACCAGUCCUCAACAUAAACACCAUCAUCUAUGGCUUGUAUCAUCUUUUCACGGAGCCGAAUCAUGAGGAUCCAUUGAACAGAGAGGCAGCUGCAGUGUUGAGAGACAACCCGAAGAUGUUUGAGUCGAAUGUGAGAAGAGCAAUGGCGGGUGGGUAUGUGGGCCAGACCUUCUUCACCAGGUGCAUAUGAAGUAUGAAGUCAUGGUGGAAAUAAGUCUGUGUUCCCAAGGGUCUUUUUUGCAAAUUGGGAGAAAGUUUGGGGGGUUGAAGGUGUUUAUGCAAAAAUCAAAAUGGUAUUUGUUUGUUUGUAACUCUGUUGAAUGCCAUUGUUUCGGGUCUCACUUGUCAUAUUGUCUUGUAAAACUAUGAUGUGUUUCUGGGAAGAUAAAAGAAUCUCAUGUUAAUGUUGAUGUUGCUUCAUUCUCUUGUUAUAUUCUCUUUUGUUUAUUAUAUGUAGAAACCAAUUUUAUGUGUAUAUAAUGACAUUAUGUCAUUAUAUGGGAGAUGAGAUAAACCAUUCACAAAAAUCACACCUUGAGUGUGUGUUCUUGUAGCGUUUGAGUUGUUAUGGAGUUGCACAUAAGAGAUAAAAAG